AUGUCGGCACCUCUUAAAUCACCCAAUAUUAAAGCAGAGGGCCCGAAUUUGAGUGAUGGUAAUGGCGGGAUAGGGGAGAGAAUCACAACUUCUUCGGAGACUGGCAAUAAGGAGGGAUCUAAGAAUAAGGAGGAUAAGAAGGAGAAGUGGCUCAUGAUUUGCCGAAAAGAAGAAGAGAAUACAGAAAAACCUAGAGCUGCUCCAAGGUUUAUUGGGCAAUAG